CCUCUCUCUCUCUCUCUCUCUCUUCAGUCGCCGUCUUUCCGGAGCUCGUUAAUGGUGGAUCUCUAGAUAAAACUUCCCCAGGUUUGGUCCUUUGGUUCUCUCGGUGACAUCCUAUCUGAAUAUUCUAUCUCUGCGUCUUUGCGGGAUUUGCUCUGAUCUCAUAUGGCGUCUGUCUGACUUGGAUUUUUCUCUGACGCCCUUUGUCUUUUGUUUUUUGUUUAUCGCCAUGCUCCGCAUUCAUAGCUUCUUUUCCCCACCUCUCUCUCUCUCUCAUCAGUGGCGUCGUUGGAGCUCGCGGUUCGGUGAGUAAAUGGUUUUGCAUUGAACGUGGCCACCGCUGGUUUGAGUUUCGAGCCGAAACCCUGGUAGGGCGCUGCGCCUAGUGCUUUCGCCGCCGCCACGCCUUCGCUUCGGCUUCGCAACCACCUACACUCUUUCUUAAUGGCUACGAUGUCGGCUUCUACGUUCCUGUCGCAUUCUCAUGUCCUUCGCACGAGUCUCUAGUUCAGUUUGCUCAACGACAAGGGGAAAGAUAUGAGGGUUUUGUGUCUUGGUUCAAUGGAACACUGUGCUGGAGGAAAUGGGGGAAGGAUCGCUGUGAUGCGCACAAAUUGCAGAGAAUUUGAGGUUUUCAUAGCGCGUUCGAGGAUCUAUCUAUAUCUUCGGCACGAAAUGGCUGGGAAGAGAAUGUUCUUGGCGGUGUUUGCUGUCUGGCUAUCGACCUUCGUUGCCGGAUCCAAUGCCGGAAGUCUGGUGGAGGACAGACAGGCGUUGCUCGAUUUCGUCGCUUCCAUCCCCAACAGCGGCGGCCUCAAUUGGAGCCUGGCCAUCUCCGUCUGCGGAGGCUGGAAAGGCGUCACCUGCAACCCUGACAAAUCCCGCAUCGUCGCCGUUCGCCUUCUGGGGAUCGGCUUCAGCGGCCCGGUCCCGCCUAACACUCUCAGCCGCCUCUCCGACCUCCGGAUCCUGAGCCUCCAGUUCAACAACAUCUCCGGAAGCUUUCCGGUGGACUUCGCCAACCUGACCGCCCUCACCGAGCUCCACCUCCAAUUCAACAACUUCUUCGGCCCUCUGCCGUCAGAUUUCUCGCCGUGGGAGAAUCUGACCGCGCUGGAUCUCUCCUUCAAUGGCUUCAACGGGAGCAUCCCUGCUACCAUCUCCAAUCUCACUCAUCUUGCUGUUCUCAACCUCUCUAACAACUCCUUCUCUGGUCAAAUUCCAGAUCUGGGGCUCCCAAACCUCCUCUUUCUCAAUCUCUCCAGUAAUCAUCUUAAUGGUACAAUUCCCAAAUCCCUCCGAAGAUUUCCAAAUUCUUCUUUUUUUGACAACAACUUGUCUCCUACAUACACUUUAGCUCCAUCAUCACCACCACCACUGCCUCCUGCUCCUUCUCCUUCUCCUUCUUCUUCUCCAAGCUCAAUAUCAAUGAGGAAGUCGAAUGAAUCUUUAAUUCUUGGAAUUGCAGUUGGGGGAUGUACUUUACUGUCUAUUGUACUUGCGCUGCUACUCUAUCUGUUCUGCUCAAGGAGGACAGACAAGAACUCAGUGUUGUCAGGGAAACGGUCCAUGGAGGAUCGAUCACCGGAGAAGGCAGUGUGCCGAAAUCAGGAAGUGAAUAACCGUCUGGUGUUCUUCGAGGGUUGUGCAUUUGCCUUCGAUUUGGAGGAUCUACUGAGGGCUUCUGCUGAGGUUUUGGGGAAAGGAACACAUGGGACUGCAUACAAAGCAAUGCUAGAAGACGCGACAAUGGUGGUGGUGAAACGUUUGAAGGAAGUUGGAGUUGGAAAGAAAGAGUUUGAACAACAGAUGGAGAUGGUAGGGAGGAUACGACACGAGAAUAUAGUGGAUCUACGAGCGUAUUACUACUCCAAAGAUGAGAAGCUCAUGGUGUAUGACUACUUCACUGAAGGCAGUGUUUCUGCCUUGUUACAUGCGAAUAGAGGACAGAACAGAAUCCCUCUACAUUGGGAAACCAGGCUUAACAUUGCACUAGGUGCAGCAAGAGGAAUUGCUCACAUUCACCUUGAAAAUAAUGGGAAACUUGUUCAUGGAAACAUCAAAUCAUCCAAUGUUUUCCUGAACGGCCAGCGGUAUGGUUGUGUCUCCGACUUGGGACUGUCGUCCCUCAUUAACUCCAUGGUCCAACCUGUGCCUCGCUCAGCUGGCUACUGCGCACCAGAGGUGGUUGAUACAAGGAAAGCAAUGCAAGCAUCUGAUGUCUACAGCUUUGGUGUUCUCAUGCUCGAGUUGCUCACGGGGAAAUCUCCCGUUCAUGUAGUGGGUGGUGGUGACGAGGUGGUUCAUCUAGUCCGCUGGGUUCAGUCUGUUCUUCGCGAGGAAUGGACUGCAGAGGUGUUCGACGUGGAGCUUAUGAGGUAUCCUAAUAUCGAAGAGGAGAUGGUGGAGACACUUCAAAUUGCAAUGAACUGCGUUGCAAGAGUUCCUGAGAGGAGACCCAAAAUGGCAGAAGUGGUCAGGAUGAUUGAAGAAAUCAGAAGGUUUGACAACGGGAACCGACCUUCAUCCGAAGCUGGAUCAGUGAGCACAGCACCGACAUCGAUACUUCAUACCGAAGCAUAAUGAAGUCCACAAUAAGGCCAUGUUUUUUUUUCUGUUAGAUUCUUGCGCUAUGUUGAAAAUGGUUUAUUUUAGUGAGGAAUCUCUACAAUCUAGAGGAGAAAAGUAACUUUGAUCUGUUGACUGUGUCAUCUAUUGGUUGCCAUAAGUGCAAGCAUUAAAAUGUUGCUGAUUUUAGAAGUGUUAAGAUCUGAAACAUUUUUAUCUGUAGAAUCAUGUUAGAUGAUAAAAGAACUUUGUUUCUUUA